AUUGUUGGGCGGACAAUCCCAACGUCGGAGGUGAUCGGCAUCGGAAGUUCGGCAUGUUGACAUCCGGGUGAAAUCCGUCUCUGCACACGACGCUCAUCAUCUGUCCGAUAUGCCGUACACACCAAUAUCCACCACAAUAUCAACUGGCGAAGCAAGUACAAUUGCGGAUAUCUAAUCGGGAGCUGGCAAGAAGUCUGCUCUGUUAUCAUCUUCUGCACAUUCGGACCUUCGGACAACCUGGCGAAUACGAAGGGCCGUAUUAACCCUCGACCCACUUAGAGGAGAAGCGCUGAUGCGGACCUCGCUUGCAACGAACCUCUUAUACCACGGCUAUUGCAUACCUCUCUGCGAGGAGGCGAUAUUUAUGACCCGCGUUGGACGGUGAACUGAACGACGAGAGAUGGACAGUGCUCUGUACUUUCUCACUGUCGAGCUGCCUUGGCUGCUAUUCUCACAACUGGACACAAGCGACCAUCUCUCACUUCACACCACCAUCCAUCCACCAGCCAGGCCUUUCACCUUUCACCAUCUCCCAUUCUACGUCCCUCUCGCCUUCGCCCUCGUCUCGCUCGUCCUCCUCGCAGCGGCGUGGUGAACGUAAACCUCUCCUCGCCUCUGAUGUUGCGGACAUAGAGGAGCAAUUCGAGAGUCUGGAAGGGGAGAGGCUGGGGUGGGCCGUGCUGGGGUUGGUGCUGCUCUUGGCGGCGGUGGGGGUGAAAGUUGCAGGGAUGGUGAAGUUGAAGCGUGAGCGCAGAUGGGAGGGCGUCGCCUGUUUGACAGUACUGGUGUACACGCUGCACCUUGCCACGCUCCGCCUGCGGCCUUCCUUCCUCCGACCGCGGUUAACCUGGCAUAUCAACAGCCUGGUCAUCCUCCUUUCCCUAAGCAGUCUCACCACGUCUCUCCUCCCACUUCUCUUGCUUCAGCCCUCUCCGCUUACCCACCUCUCUCCGUACGGCCUCAUCCUCUUCACCCUCCUCCUCCUGUUCAUCAUUUGCGUCGGCCUUACCCCGCGGUAUGCCCAUCCCAUCCCCGGCUACCCCAUCUCCCCAGAACAGACGACCCCUCCAAUCCAAUACUUCUUCACCUACCUCUGGCUUCAACCCCUCGUCCGGCUAGGAUACGCUCGCAAGCUCGAGUUGGACGACCUUCCCCCUCUUCCGGCGUACGACGACCCAGAAGUCUGGAGGCGGGAGGUAGAAUGGGCGAGGAAGGGCGAAUGGCUGCCCAAGUGGAUCAGGAGAUGGGUACCAAGCAAACAAGGAAAGAUCCGUAGAACUCUACUCACCGUCAUCCUCUGCCUACGGCGAAACAUUGCUGGCCAGUGUCUCUUUGCCCUCGGCAUGGCGCUCUUCGACCUAGGCGGGCCGAUUGCCAUGAAUCGCCUGCUACGGUAUCUCGAAACUCCGUCCUCAGCGGGGAUCAAGCCCGCCAUCUGGGUCUUCUUCAUGUUUGCCAUGCCGGUGCUGAAAGGCGCUUGCUGGCAGGCAUACCUCUUCAUCUCCACCCGGCUCAUCGUCCGCGUCCGCCUCGCUUUCAUCCAAGAGCUCUAUGCUGUCACUUUGCGUGCUAAGUUACUCGCCCGCCCGGCGAGUAAGGAAGACGAGAGCAUCGUCGGGCGUAUCAGCAACCUCAUGUCCACUGAUGUGGAGAACAUCUUCGGCGCACGCGACAUAGUGCACAUUUCCGUCACUGCCCCGAUCGAAUGCACCAUCGCAGUUAUCUUCCUGUACAACAUCAUGGGCGCGUCCUCUCUCUUCGGCUUCCUCGUCAUGCUUGUCUCUAUCCCUCUGCCUGCAUUCCUCACCCGCCAGCUUACGGCAUGCCAACGCCAGGUUCUGCGGUACACUGACGCCCGCAUGGGAACGAUCACUGAGCUGCUCCAUAGUAUAAAGGUAUUCAAAGCUUUUGGGUGGGACCCAGUCGUCAUCGAGCGCGUGCAUGCCGUGCGUGCUAAGGAGCUAGCAAGGAUGUGGAUGCGCAACAUCUGGUCUGUCGCUAUUGUCACCACCGCGGACUGCACGCCUAUGCUCACUAUGCUCGUCACCUUCUUCUUUCACACAGUUGUCAUGCACCACCGGCUGGACAGCAGCGUCGCCUUUACCGCCAUGGCAGUCUUCGAGCUCCUUCGCCAGCAAUUCGUCUACGCAAGCAACAUCGCCCGCCUGUGCGCAAACGCCGUUGCGUCCAUCGGUCGACUCAACGCUUUCCUGCAAGAGCAAGCUGACCAUGAGAUUGCUGAAUCUCGCCGUGCUGGGCAGGUCAUCCAGAUAACUGACGAUGCCCCUUGGAUCCAAGACGGCACGUUCGAGUGGCCUUCCACUGGCUUCAGGCUCCAGAAGCUCAACGUCCGCUUCGUCAAAGGCGCGCUUAACGCUAUUGUCGGUCCCACAGGAAGCGGCAAGAGCUCGCUCCUCCUCGCUCUGCUCGGUGAGAUGCCUAUCGUACAGGGCCAGUGCUGCCUGCCCAGGAUGCCCAGGGGUAUCGCCUAUGUUUCCCAGAGCUCAUGGCUGAGGAACGCGACUGUAAGGGAAAAUAUCCUCUUCGGAUGCGCUUAUGAUGAGAUGAGGUAUCAUCGCGUACUGUUCGCAUGUGGGUUGAUUCCCGACUUGAGGCUGAUGGAGUACGGCGACCAGACGGAGCUGGGCGAAAAAGGCGCGACCCUUUCCGGAGGUCAACGUGCCCGCCUAUCCUUUGCCCGAGCUGUAUAUUCUUCGGCCCACACUCUCCUGCUUGAUGACGUGUUCUCUGCGCUGGAUGUGCACACCGUCCACCAUGUCUUCGACAACUGUAUCCGCGGCGAGAUCCUGCAAGAGCGGACGGUCAUUCUCGUGACCCAUUUCGAGGACUUGGUCGCUCCUGUUGCGGCGCUCGUUUUGCGUGUCGUGGAUGGGCGCUUGGAGGAGGUCCGACUUGCUGAACCGGCUCAGGAUACCUCCGCGUCUGAGGAAACUGUCAUCGAGCCUGAGUUGCCGCCCAUCCACUCUAUUCUGAACGGAAACCCGAAUGCGAUCAGACUAGUUAAAGACGAGGAGCGCGCUGUUGGCCGUUUGCCGAAGACGAUGAUCUUCCGAUACAUGCUGCAGUUCGGUGGGUGGCCCGUGUUCAUCCUCGCUAUCAGUGUGGCGUGUGGUACUCAGCUCGCGUUCCUGUCGACCACAUUCUGGGUUGCACUCUGGACAAACGCUCAAAACUCGAUGUCACAUCUUGGUUACUAUUGCGGUGGAUUCGCGAUCGUCCUGGCCAUUUAUGUCUGUCUUAGUGCCACAUCUUCUAUUAUCCUCUACUCUGGUGCAUGGAAUGCUGCUAGGAAAAUCCACAUGUGGGUCACCAUUGCCGUCUUCCGUUCGCCAAUUGGCUGGUUCGACACCAAUCCUCUUGGUCGCAUACAGAAUAGGUUCUCUCGUGACUUCCUGUCGGUCGACACUCUCAUAUUACCUUUGCUGAAGAUGGUCGUGGACAAUGCCCUGCGUGCGAUUUUCCGGCUGGCGGCUAUCACAACUAUUCUCCCCGUCUUCGCCGUCCCAGCGAUCUUUACCACCUACUUCGCAUAUUGGGCAGGCAAUCUGUACACAGCUACUCAGAUGUCUGUCAAACGAAUUGUUGCCGUAGAGCAGAGUCCCAUCUUCAAUUCCAUUGCAGAUACGCUCCGUGGUGCGGAGACAAUUCGAGCCUUCGAUGUUCAACCAAUGUUCCUCUCUCAAUUGCAGGCGGCUCUGGCCCGUAGCAGUCGUGCCCUCGAGGCAAAUUUUAACUCGAAUCGCUGGUUCUGUGUACGAAUCGAUUGGGCCUCUGGCAUCGUUGCCGUAUCCGCUGGAGCGCUAGCUUUGUAUAUGAACAACCCCAAUGCUAGUCUGGUGGGCUUCUCGCUCAAUAACGCAGUUGGAAUGUCCUUGACUCUCAUGACUUUGCUGCGCGGUUUGAAUGACUUCGAAGUUGAAUUGGUGUCAUACCAGCGGCUUAUGGAAUACACUAUGUUGAAGACGGAGCCGACACCCACGCCCCAAGGGAAACCUCCUGCAGCGUGGCCGAUCGCCGGAAGGAUCGAAGUUCGAAACCUUCGUGUGCGGUAUUUUGACGAUGCCCCCGAUGUCCUGAAGGAUCUCAGUUUUACCAUUCGACCGGGAGAAAAGGUUGGCAUAGUUGGACGCACUGGUUCUGGCAAAUCAACUCUUGCCCUUGCGCUACUGCGAUUGAUCCCUAAAGCAAGCGGACAAAUUAUGAUCGACGACAUUGACAUCGAUACCCUAAAUUUGGACGACUUACGCCAAGCGAUAUCCCUCAUUCCUCAGGAACCCCUUUUGUUCUCGGGUACAACCCGCACCAACUUGGACCCGUUCGAUGCUCAUGAUGAUGCGGAGCUCAAUGUAGCUCUGAACAGCUCCGGAAUUGUGGAAUCCAUGCGACCUUCUCGAACGCAAUCCAGAACAGCAUCAACUGUUGGGCUUGAAUCGAUCACCAAGGGUUCCAGUCCGGAAUCGCCGGAAGGAGAAAAAGUUAUAACCCUGGAAACGCUAGUGGCAGAAGGAGGUCAGAAUUUCUCUCAAGGUCAAAGGCAAAUUUUAGCCCUUGUUCGGGCAAUCGUGCGAAGAUGCAAGGUUCUUUUAUUAGACGAAGCUACUGCAAGCGUCGACAGGGACACAGAUGAGAGAAUUCAAGCAUCUCUGCAAGCUGAAUUUGGCAACUGUACCAUCCUUACCAUUGCUCACAGGUUGCGCUCCAUCAUAACAUUCGACAAGGUCCUCGUUCUUGACAAGGGUGAGAUUAAAGAGUUUGAUACUCCUUCCAAUCUGAUUCGAUCAGGAGGAAUUUUUGCUAGCCUUGUCGAGAAGGGUGCCGAUGCGGAUGAGCUCAAAGCGUUGGCGGGAGUCCAAGGUGCUCGUUCGUAG